GAGGGGAGGGGCGGGGAGGGCAGCGCCGCCGGGCAGCGCGGGGCCGGGGCGCCCGCGGCGCGGCGCGGCGCCGCCGCCCGCCAUGUGGCGCCGCCGGGGCCGGGCGGGCAGCGCGGCGGGGCCAGGCGGCCAUGCGGGGCGGCGGGAACGGCAGCGGCGGCGAGCCGUGGCCCUGGCCGCCGUGCGACGAGCGGCUGUGCUCGGCGCUGCCGCUGCGGGCGCUCAUCCCCGUCACCGCCGUGUGCCUGGGGCUCUUCGCCGUCGGCGUGGCCGGCAACGUCCUCACGGUGCUGGUGAUCCGCGGCUACCGCGACAUGCGGACCACCACCAACCUCUACCUGGGCAGCAUGGCCGUGUCGGACCUGCUCAUCCUGCUGGGGCUGCCCCUGGACCUGUACCGCCUGUGGCGCUCGCGGCCCUGGAUCUUCGGGCAGCUGCUGUGCCGCCUCUCGCACUACCUGAGCGAGGGCUGCACCUACUGCACCAUCCUGCACAUCACCGCCCUCACCGUGGAGCGCUACCUCGCCAUCUGCUUCCCCCUCAAGGCCAAGGUGGUGGUCACCAAGCGCCGUGUCAAGGCCAUCAUCGGCGCCCUCUGGGCCUUCGCCUUCCUCUCCGCCGCGCCCUUCUUCUUCCUCGUCGGCGUGGAGCAGGCCGACAACCAGACCGACUUCAGCCGCGAGUGCAAGCCCACGCCGCAGGCCGUGGAGUCGGGGCUGCUGGGCACCAUGUUCUGGGUCACCACCGCCUACUUCGUCCUGCCUGUCGCCUGCCUCCAUGUCCUGUACGGCUGCAUCGGCCGGCAGCUGUGGCGGAGCGGGGUGCCGCUGCGGGGCCCCGACGCUGCCCUCCGGGAGAAGGGCCACCGGCAGACCCUCAGGAUCCUGGUGGUGGUGGUUCUGGCCUUUGUGAUUUGCUGGUUGCCUUUCCACAUUGGCAGGAUCAUAUUUAUAAGCACUCAGGAUACCAGGAUGAUGCUCUUCUCCCAGUACUUUAACAUUUUCGCUCUGCAGCUUUUCUACCUGAGUGCGUCCAUCAACCCCAUCCUCUACAACCUCAUUUCGAAGAAGUACAGGGCAGCAGCCUACAAGCUGCUGCUGCCGCAGCGAUCUGCAGAAAGGGCUUUCACUGUUACCAAAGAUGCUGGCGGCUACACAGAGACGAGCGCAAGCGCAAGCACGAGGAACGAGUACACGACCACCUUCUGAGACUGCGUCCCGGGCGCCAGCGAGGUAUUCCCUGCAGCCGCAGGGCUCUUCAUGUUCGCAGCAGGGGCAGAAAAGGGUGGACGUUUGUCAGCGCUUGUGGAGUCUUAUAACUCUUUGUAUUUUGAACUACUUGUAUUUUUGUUAAUGCAGUGAGUAGGGACUGUAAAGUAGUGAGAGUGCCGUGUAACUCAUGAAAGGUAACACAGUAGGAAAGGCCGGAGUAAAUUACCCGUCAAACUGUGGUUUCAGCUUAUUACAUGUUGUUCAUUGCAUAUGCGUUCUCUGCAAUUUCCAGUAUUUUCUAACAAUCAUAAUGUCAAGGACUGCAAAGGAGGAUGGAGUUCGAGGGAGAGGUCCUGCUUAAGCUCAGUAAUGAAAAAACUCCCAGAGAGGCUUUGCCAUUUGAAAAUAGUUUUCUUAUAAACAAUGUUUUACAAAACACAAGGUCCGGCAGGGAGCUGGAUGCAAAAGAAAUAGCCCAUCCCCUUGAACAUCCUUGGAGGAAGGGGGCAUGUAUUUUAGCACCUACUCUUGCAGUCGUGGCUGGGAGUUUACCAGACAGCUUCACUAACUCUUCCCUAGGGAAGCAUCUCCUCUGCGCACCUCUCUGUAGGCUUAACCCUUCCAGUCUCACCCAUGCAAUCAAACAGGGUCUGUUAAAUACUAGUAACCGACCCACUAUAGCUGUAACACUUCAGGUAUUCCUGGUCGCUCCAUCGUGAUAGAGCUGUAGUAUUUGGUUGACAUUAGUGAUAUAUCUCCGCUGGUGUUACAUAAUGUAUUGCACGUGCAAUAUGCAGAGUUAACCAAGUUAGCCACCCAUCACCUAAGCUACCGGCCUGCUCCCAAGACUUAUUGCUACGUAAUGCUGCAUUGCACGUCGUAAAAUGACUUGCUAAUUGUGCUCCAGAGCUUUUAAAUACAAACUUAAAUUAUACAAUUUAGGAAGGAGCACUUGUUAGGAAGAGCUGUAAGUUAUAGUAUCAUUUCCUCCAGAGAGACACAGCAUUUUACCUGUGCAUCUUACCUAUCAUGUGAUAUAAAUAUGGAACAAAAAUUGAUGAAGUUAGACUGCAUUUACAUCAGUAACAUUGGUGGUAUACCUGCGCUUGCCUUCGGUUAUCUUUUAACCUUUGUUAAUAAACGUUACUGUGAUUCAGACAAAGUAACCUUUGUGUGUAGUCUGUACAGAACUUAGUGCAAUGGUGUUUGCUGAUGUGCUAGGGCAGAAUUCAAAAUCCAGUUUAGAGAUCUCAAGACGGUGGAGUUGAACCCAAGUCUUCUCCAGGUCUUAAAGAUUUGACCAAACUCUUUCUUUAAUAGUCCACAGCUUUGAGUCACUAAAGUAAAAAUUAAAAGACAGAAAAAGCCGUAGCUUACUGCCCACAUAUUAAGUAUUCUUCUUGCAUCAGCUUCGUACUAGGGGAGAGCAGUUUUCUGUAUGUUUUGGGUUUGGUCUGGUUUGCUUUUCCCAGUGAUUUUUUUUUUUUCAUUAAAAUAUUACGUUAAAAUAAAAGAACAGCUGGUA